AUGCGAGGGGUAAGCUUGGCGUUACCCAACCACACCCCGCUCUCCUCCCCGUGCCCCCCAUUGCCCCCAUGCCCAUGCUCCCCCCACGCCUGCUCGCCUCCCCAUCGCACCCUGUCGUCUCUACUCGUAUUUCCACCAAGCUCUCCCCCGAUACGCCAUUGUCCCCCUUCUCUUCCGCCUGUUCCGCUUCCUGCUUCUCUAUACGCGACUGCCGUGACUGCUGCGACUCCCCCUCCUGCUGCUGGUGCUUCAGUAUUGAAUCCAUCCCCCGCUGCGGAGUUCCGCGCACUGGCGGAGCAGGCGGAGCACCGCGCGCAGGGGGAGCCCCGCGCCGGCGGGAAGGCAGGCGGAAACGAGAGAUUGGCAGGCAAGGGGAAGCCAGGCGCGACAAACGAGCGCGUGCGCGAGGGAAGGGGGAGGGGGAAGGGGGCAGGAGAGGAACGCGCAACAGCAGCAGCAUGGGGCGGAGUGAGAGGGAAGCUGGGAACGAGAGAAAGACUGGGAGUAGGAAUGAGUGUGGGUGUGAGAGUGGGAGUGAGAAUGGGUGUGAGAGUGGGCGUGCGCGUGGGAGUGGGAGUGAGAGUGGGAGGGAGAGUGGUAGUGCGAGCGAGGGCAGAGCAUGGAAUGGAAGGGAGGCUGCACGGAGUUAUGACGCUGAACCAGGAAGAAGAUGUAAUGCAGCACGUCAUCCGGCAAUCUCGAGAUGGGACACGUGGCAUCGUCUGA